CCUCCGUCAGAUUCCUCGUAUCCCGGUAAUCUCGCCAGUUGCCAAACGGUGGCUGAACUUCCCUAUGGGGAGAGUGGUGCCCUGCAGCCAGCCGCCCGCAUCAGCCACUUGACACCGGUUCUCCUGAGCGACAUCUUAGCCCAUCUGGACCUGCAUUCCCAAAUGACGGCCCAACGUGUAUGCGCUCUAUGGCAGUUGCUGCUGGGCAGUCCGCGCAUGGCGGACCACAUCACUAUUACCAUGGACCGCUGCUGGCAGCUGCAGGUAGACAGCAACAACUGCUAUAAACUGGCAGCGCUUCUCGUCCAGACACUUUCUCCCACCACGAUCAGUCUCACCUUCCUCAACGCCAUGCCCACGGAGCGCACCUCCUUUUUACUAAACAUUCUAGACCGCAUACCGACCAGGCUGUUGUUGGUGGGAUUCCGCGACCAGACGGUCAAUUCCCGACACGGGAGCAUGGCGGGGCGGGAGGAGCAGCGACUGCAGCACACGGCACCACUGGUGCCGUUGCUGUACCAGCGCAACUGCCGUUUCUUAGCGCUGUACAACUGGACCGUGUCCGGCCUGUUUGGAUUCGCAGCGUACGAAGUGUUUCACGGCGCGGAUUUUGUCGUCCGUCGCCUGCCGGAACACGAGCAGAAGCUGAUGAAACAUCUGCCACCGACGUCGCCUGCACUGCGCAUUGACCAGAUGUCCAUCCGCAUUCCGCGGCUGCUUCUGCGCUGCAGCGACGGCACGAUGCACCUGACCAGUCGCUACAUGUGCGCCCUCAGCGAACACUACCCGCCGACCACCGAGGAAAUGCUGGCAAAGGUCAAGGCGGUGUAUGCGCGUUGGGUGCGCAGUCAGGAGUAUCCGGAUGAGUGGCAGACCAUUCGCCAUUAUCUUUCUGUGUUCAGCGGUUUCAAUGCCGACGGCAGCCCGCGACUGUGGCAGGAAGUUUACUUACGGCUACUGGAUGUGUCCACACUGAGCAAGCUCGCCAUCUACAUAUAA